GGUAUUAUUAGGUAUAACUAAGGUUAGAGAAUAUAAGACUUAAGGCUUAUAUAUUUAAGGAAUGCAUAAAUAUGGCGUAAUAUUUUUAUGUAAAGUGUUUUCUUUAGGAGUUAUUCUGUUAUUCUUCCUUGGUUGUUUGAACAAACUGUGAAUCCAGCUGACUGAUUUAACUGCAGGGCUAAAACUACCACCUGACUGAAAUGAUGGCAUGAAAAAUGAAGUCAGUGAGUGUGCUACUGGCAUUGAGUAACAAGUUAUCAGGAAGCAUAUAUGAUGGGUACUUCAUUUUACAAAGGGAGAGUACAUAAACCUUUCUAAAGUAGCUUUUAAUAUUUUAUAUCAGAAAUAAACUAAAAAGUUUAAUGAUGAUCGUUUAUUGUAUUAAAGAUAAAUUAUCUUUCUUUUAGAGCUAUGUAUACCAGACUAGUGUAACGCAGUUUUUGUUCAGGACUAAAACUGCUAAUUAUUUAUAAUAAUUUGUCAAACUGCAGUUAAAAGCCCCAGACAGGAUCUUUAAAAGGCCACAUUUCAUGUAAUACUCUGACAUAAAUUAACAGAUCUUGAAUAACAUAAUAAUAGAAAGAAAUAGAUUUACACUAAAUAUUUAAAGAUUAAUACAUAAUAUAUUGCAAAAGCAUUCAGAUUUACUGAUCUGCCAUAUUACAACUAUAAACUUAAGUAUAUAUUGAAAUUCCAAGUUACUCCAUGGGUGAAAUACCUACUACUGCAGCUACAUUUGCAUAUUUUUGUGAUAUUUCUCUAUCUGCUUUACAAAUCUUGGGACUGAAGGUUUUGCCCACUCAUUUUUUUUUUUUUUUUUGCAAAAAGGCUCACAUUCAACCAUUGGAUACAGGUAAAUUGCCAUGAACAUACAUUUUCAAGAUUUUGCCACAGAUUUUCAAGAGUAUGUUUUGAUUUCAAUUAUUUCAUUGUUGACCUACGUAUGCUAGACGGCAUACAGCAGGGCAGGACAAUGGGAGACAAUGGGCCUCUCAUUGUCCUGCUGGGAGGUCAAUCUCCACCCAAUACCAUGGCUUUUCCUCCCAGUAUUUAGCUCCAUCCAUCUUUCUAACAACUCCAUCCAGCUUCCAUGUUUGGGCAAAUGAAAAGCAUCCCCACAGGACUAUACUGCCUUCAUCAUGUUUCACCAUGAUAAUGGUGUGUUCAGGGUAAAAUUAAGUGAAGGCUGAAGAAUUUAGUUUUGGCACAAAAGUGGCUUCGUCCACAUAUUUGCUUUGUAAACAUGUAAACUUCCGUUGCUUUACUUGCCCCUUUUCCUUUACAGUCAGACUUAGGGAGUCUUGUCAACAGAUUCAGUUCAGGUCUCUUGUAACACCUGGAAUACAAUCAAACAACUUUAGCGUUUUUGCUUAUGGCAUCCAUCAGGACCCUGAUGAAACGGAAGAGGUGAUUAAUUCAAUCUAAUUUAUUUAUAUCUACCCACCCCAACAUCAAUAAAGUAUUCUUUUGGAACUGAAUUCAUUUGGAGGACCACAAAAUGGGUUUGAAUUUGUUUUCUGGGAGCGAAAGGGGUCAUUCAGAGUGUAGUGUCUCCCUCAGACCAACAGGUGGCGGUAAUCACCGCCGAACCACAGAGAAGCAGAAAAAGGAAGAAGAUGAAACCUUUCCUCCUCAUGUCAACAUGGCGAUCUAGAUGUCCUGUCCACGCUGGUUUGUUGACAUUUAUUUAAAACCUUUAUUCCGACUGUUUUAGUCGCAUUACAACAACAACAACCAUGUCAAGACUCAUCGUUAAAAACCUGCCUAACGGGGUAAUUUAAGGAGGAGAGGUUCAGGUCGAUGUUUGCUGCUUUCGGCACCGUCACAGACUGCUCUCUGAAGUUCACCAAAGAGGGAAAGUUCAGAAAGUUUGGCUUCGUGGGCUUCAAAUCCGAGGAGGAUGCGAGCAGAGCGCUGAAACAUUUCAAUAAGAGCUUUGUGGACACAUCCAGAGUGACGGUGGAGAUGUGCAAAGCGUUUGGAGAUCCCACUAAAGGAAAAGCCUGGAGUAAGCACACCCAGAGCUCAGAGCAGGAUAAACCGUCUGCUGCUGCUUCCACAGACAAAAAGAAGAAAAAUACUGGGAAAAAGGAAACCAGGAGUGCACUGGGAAAUCUGGAGGCAGAAGAUGGAUUUAAUGAGUUUAUGUCAGUGCAUCAGAACCGCAGCCAGGCCCAGACCUGGACAAAUGACAUGACUCAGGAUCCGGCUGACUCUGGAGGCGUACAAAAGCAGAAGAAGAAAAAGCCCGCCUCUGAUGAUUACCUUAACUUUGAUUCAGACCAGUCAGAGGAUGAGAAGCAUGAUGUGGAUGAUGAUGAUGAUGAUGAUGAUGAUAAUAAUGAAGUUGCCUCUAAAGAAGCCCUGAAGUCUGGCCUGUCGGAUAUGGACUACCUGCGGUCCAAGAUGGCUCAAACUUUGGAGGAGAGUGACGAAGAGAAUGAAGUUGAUGAAGAGCAGGAGGAGGAGGAGGGUCCUGUUCAGCAUGGGGACAGCGCCUAUGAGAGCGGUGAACGAGAAAACAUCUCGAAGCCUAAACCUUUCCCUGGGAAUAAGAAACAAAGUGCCCAACAGGAGAUGGAGCCGACGACAGAUUUCACAGUGAAGCUAAGAGGAGUCCCAUUUAAUGUAAAAGAGCAACAAAUCCGAGAGUUUAUGACUCCGCUGAGGCCUGCAGCCAUCAGGAUCGGGAGGAACGAAACUGGAAACAGAACUGGUUAUGUGUAUGUGGACUUGCACUCUGAUGAGGAGGUGGAGAAGGCUCUGAAGAAGAACAAAGAUUACAUAGGAGGUCGUUACAUCGAAGUCUUCCGCAUUGAUUCAUCAGGGGCGAAAAGCAAGAGGAACAAAAAUGACAAAGAAAUUGACAGAAACUUCACCAGGAAGCUGAAAGAGGAUGAGGAAGAGGAGGAUGUUUCAGAGUCUGGUCGACUCUUCAUCAGAAACCUUCCCUACACCUGCACAGAAGAGGAGAUGAAAGAGCUUUGUGCUAAAUAUGGUCCUUUAUCUGAGAUGCUCUUCCCUAUUGACAAUCUGACCAAGAGACCUAAAGGAUUUGCUUUUGUUACCUACAUGAUACCAGAAAAUGCUGUGGUAGCUCUUGCGAAGUUGGAUGGACAUAUAUUUCAGGGUAGAAUGCUUCAUGUUCUUCCCUCCACUGUGAAGAAGGAAAAGUCUGAGUCUUCAGAAUCUGGUGGUCCUGGUUCUUCAUCAUAUAAACGACAGAAAGAUGCUAAAAAUAAAGCUUCGAGUUCUAGUUCGCACAACUGGAACUCCUUGUUUCUGGGUACAAGUGCAGUGGCCGAUGCCAUUGCUGAAAAAUAUAACACCACAAAAAGCAAAGUCUUAGACCAUGAGUCAAAGGGAAGUGUUGCAGUGCGGAUGGCUCUUGGAGAAACUGAGAUUGUCCAGGAGACCCGACAGUUCCUGCUGGACAACAGUGUUUGUCUAGACUCCUUCAGUCAAGCAGCAGCAGCUAGGAGUACAACUGUGAUCCUGGUAAAAAACCUUCCUGCUGGAGUGACUACGACAGAGCUGGAAGAACUUUUCUCGCCUCACGGCUCUUUGGGUCGAGUUCUGCUGCCGCCUUCAGGACUCACCGCCAUCAUUGAGUUCCUGGAGCCAACCGAAGCCAAGCAAGCGUUCACCAGGCUAGCUUACAGCAAGUUCCACCAUGUCCCACUGUAUUUGGAGUGGGCUCCUGUUGGGGUGUUCACAGCUGCCAAACCAGAAACAGAUAAAGAGAAGACAGUGAAGGAAGAGAAAAAGAAAGAGGAGGAUGAGCAAGAAGAGAAAGAUGAAGAAGAAGAAGAAACUGUGCCGGGUUCUACACUUUUCAUUAAGAAUCUGAAUUUCAGCACAACAGAAGAAAAGCUACAGGAGGUCUUCUGCAAAUGUGGAAAAGUCAAGUCUUGCAGCAUUUCCAAGAAGAAAGAUAAAUCAGGUAACAUGUUGUCCAUGGGUUACGGUUUUGUUCAAUAUCAGACAGCAGAGGCAGCACAGAAGGCUCUUAGGCAACUGCAGCACUGUGUGGUGGAUGAUCAUCAGCUAGAGGUGAAGAUUUCUGAAAGAGCCACAAGAACUGCUGAGGUGUCUCACAAAAAGAAGCAAGCUGAGAAGAAGCAAACAGGCUCCAAGAUUCUUGUCCGCAACGUUCCCUUCCAAGCCACUGUCAGGGAAAUUCGAGAGCUUUUCUGUACAUUUGGGGAGCUGAAGACUGUCCGUCUUCCAAAGAAAGCAGCUGGUUCAGGGAACCAUCGGGGCUUUGCCUUUGUUGAUUUCCUCACCAAACAGGAUGCUAAGAAAGCCUUCGCUGCACUCUGCCACAGCACCCAUCUGUACGGGAGGCGUCUUGUGCUUGAAUGGGCUGAUGCUGAGGAUACAGUGGAGACAUUGAGACAGAAAACAGCCGAACAUUUCCAUGGUGAUUUACCAAAGAAGAGACGAAAAGCAGAAGUCAUGGAAGGAAUUCUGGAGUCGAUGGAAACCGAUGGGGGAGUUGAAGACUGAGGUGGACCUAAUCAUGAACAGGGAAGAUUUGGACUGUGAAAAAUAAGACCUGACUAGAGAUAAACAAACAUAUGGCAAUGAUUUUACAAAGAUUAUUACUGUGACUGUAUUGUGUAUUUGUAUGAACUAGUUUUACAUAAAUGUCUACAUGUUGA